AUGGUGGAUGGCACGGUGUAUUGCGAGCACUUGAUCCCAGCUAAGACGGUAUUCGGUAUUCCUAUCGUCCUGAUCCACGGCGAGUUCCAUACAGGAUCGAUCUGGCUCAAGACAGCCGACAACCGCCCCGGAUGGGCAAAUUACUUCCUUAGCCAGGGCUACUCUGUCUAUAUCAUCCACAUCCCCCCCACUAGACAGUCUUCUGGCAUGCUCUCACAGGUCGAGAAUGUGAUCCGGCCAAACAUAGAGCUGAUUGAGAAUGAGGCCACUUCGCUGGCAAACUCGGCGACAGCAGACUGGGGCACGGCGAAACUCCACAACCAAUGGCCAGGGACUGGACGCUGCGGAGAUCUGAUAUUCGACCAGUACAUUGCUCGCCUCACCCCGCUGUGCUUUGAACCCCCAGAGAGACAGUUGCUGGCCCAACGGGCAGUAGCCAGUCUCAUCCAGAUGACAGGCCCAGCAAUCCUGAUAGGCGAAGGGACAGGAGCCAACACAGCCUGGCUAGUUGCCGAUUACAAGCCGGAACAAGUUCGUGCUGUUCUUGCCAUUGAGCCUAGCGGGCCUCCUUUCUGUCUGCCAUACGAGGAUGACGAGGACAACAAGCGCCGAUACACCCCCUUUCUCCGUCAUGUGCCAGGGCUUCGACGCUAUGGCCUCGCCGACAUCCCCAUGAACUUUGAUCCACCGACGGUGAUCAAUGACAUAAAGGACUUGGAGGAUCCUACCUGGAGCCCCCUUAAUGUCUCCCAGGUGAUGCGGAAGGACGGCCCAGGGUCCUACUACAGCCAGCAGGCUGAUGGCAUUGUCGGCCUCCACAAUGGCGAUUCCCUCCAGGCUAGAGAGGGCCAGGAGAGCAUAGGCGACAAACCAGUCCGCAAGCUGCCGUGCCUGCAAAGAAUGGCCCACGCGGUCAUCACCACAGAAUGCAGCCCGCACAGCCUGUACGACUGGGCCACAGUCAAAUUCCUCCAAGAGACGGGCACCCAGGUAGAGCACAUUGAGCUGGCCAAGCAAGGCAUCCACGGGAAUGGGCCGCUGUGCUUUUUAGAGAAGAACAGCAACCAAGUCGCUGCGGUGCUCCACAACUGGAUC